GGUUAAGGAGCUAAGAAGAUGCUACUAGCGCAGUUAUGCCGCGGGCGCGGCGAUUUCGAGCACGAGGCUGCCGACAUGUUCUAGGGUGCUUUGGCUUCGGGCCCGAAUGCAGAGCUCAGCUUUUGUAUAAAAGUCGACAAGUGCGUCGCGUAGAAGAGCCAGCAACGACUAAGAGACAAGCGUGAUAUCAUCAUCGCUUUACCCCACCAACACCACAAACGCACACUCGCAUCCACACUUUCCAAUUGCAAUGCCUGAACUCGUUGGAAAGCAGGUCGGCGAAGUAGGCUACGGCCUCAUGGGCCUUACGUGGCGCGAGAGCCCGCCGCCAAAGGAGCAGAGCUUUGAGACGAUGCGCACCGCGCUCUCUCUCGGGGCUAACAACUGGAACGGCGGCGAGCUUUACGGCCCUCCUGAUGCCAAUUCUCUGCAGCUCCUGAAUGCGUACUUCACAAAGUAUCCUGAGGACGCAGACAAGGUUGUGCUUUCUAUCAAGGGCGGUCUUGUGCCGGGCCAGCUGCGGCCUGACGGCAGCAAGGAGAACGUAAAGCGUAGCAUUGACGAAUGUCUGAAAUGGCUCGAUGGCAAGAAGAGCCUUGAUCUCUUCGAGUGCGCACGGGUUGACCCAAAGGUGCCAAUCGAGGACACGAUUGGGUACAUUGCAGAGUAUGUCAAAGCUGGCAAGCUCGGUGGCAUCAGCCUGUCCGAGGUGGACGCAGACCAGAUCCGCAAGGCGGCGGCGGUGCACAAGAUCUCUGCCGUCGAGGUCGAGUUCUCGCUCUUCUGCACGGACAUCCUCGAGAAUGGCGUGGCCAAAGCAUGUGCCGAGCUGAAUAUCCCGAUCGUUGCAUACUCACCGCUUGGACGCGGGUUUUUGGCCGGCAAGUACAGGAAGCACAGUGACCUGGAGCCUGACUCGUUCCUGCACCACCUGCCGCGCUACCAGCCAGACGUGUUCGACGAGAACAUCAAGCUGGUGCACGCAGUCGAGGGCAUCGCGCAGAAGAAGGGCGUCACGCCUGCGCAGAUUGCAGUGGGCUGGGUGUUGCAUCAUAGUGGGAAAGACGGACUGCCCGCUGUGAUCCCCAUCCCCGGCGCUACAACGUCGGCACGAGUGGAGGAGAACACGAAGCCAGCCAAGCUCGACGAUGCGGAUUUCCAGGAGCUGGCAGAGAUCCUGCGCAAGUUCCCCAUCACCGGCGAGCGGUACUAAGGCGAGGCUGGAUGUAUAGUUAGCAAAUGAAUGCAAAGAAUACCGGCAGUCGUGUGAACAAGGAAGCAGGUCAGAGAAAAGUAGU